AUGAGAAAUCUACAAGUGGCGACAAAGUCCGCGCAUUAUCUACGGAAUCCUGAAACAAAAAAUGGAUCGAAACAUUUACCAAUUUAUAAGAAGCUUGUUGAUUCGACAACGCCAAUCGAUAGAACUACUACCGUACUCCUUUCAACCACCGUAUCUCAGUUUAUCAUACGGUCAUGCAUUGACGCGUGUUUUGCGGUUGGUCGUGUUUGUAAAGUGGAUCAGGAACGAAAGGAAGGUGUGAAGCAUAAUGGGCUGCAAAUGAUGAAUAUACUAAAAAAUAAUGUGAUUGAUAACCACCCCGAUGGCGUAGGAACGAUUUACAAAGCUCCCUUAAAUGGCAAGCUCUCCGUUCGGCGGUCAGCCGUAUUCGCACUGUUAGCUGAGUUAGCCGAUGAUAACAGAGGAUUUUUCAAAAAUACCACAAGUUGGACAACGUAUGCAAGCAGAUUAGAGAAAAAUUGCCAUACAAUUUCAUCUCUUGCCCUACCUUUGGAAGACGUUGUGAAAAAACUGCAGGACAUGGCACCUCGAUAUGACUAUGACAAGCUUACUCCAGGAAAUGGAUUUCGAUCUCUAGUUUGUGUAUGUGACACGAUUGUGCUGCACCUUAUCUCCGUUUUGCGUUCCUGUAUUGAACAUCGACAGACGAUGAUGUUUCGCGCAUCGUAUUACUGUAAAGAAGUUGAAAGUUACUGUGCUGUUCUGAAUUUUCUCAUUUCAGCCUUACGAAUGACCUUACCUAAAUCAUUCUACCUACAGGUCAUUGAUGCAGCUGUAUACGCCCCCGAUAAUUGUUUGUUUCCUGAUCUUAAUGGAGACUACACCAAGUACCAAGCAAUGCUAGGUGGCAUAGAAGUGCUUGAUCCAUCAUGCUUUUAUGGAAGACCGCUGGGCUUUCAGUUUCCGCCAUCAAUUGGGCGUAUAUUUCGCUUAUUUGGUGUAAUACUUGCUAUAUACAGUUUGUCAUGGGAAAAAGGACGCAGUACUUUGGGAUCUUUUCUCAAUUCACCUCGGUUCAUCUUAAGUCCGGAACAAAGAGCUAAACGAAUUGUUAAGGUAACUCGUGAAGCCGACAUUGAAUUUUGUAGAGGUUUCUGGAAUUUGUCAGAAUUUGGUAGUCAGGUUCCUCGUAUAUUUUGUCCAAAUAUGGCAAUAAAUGAGUUGCGUGAAAUCGGUUGGGUAGGGUCAAUAACAAUGGCAACGACGAGUGGUGGUACUGUGAAAAUUCCAGAACCGUCUUCGUACACUGGUCCUCGGCCAGUCAAAAUUCGUGUUUUAUCGUAUUGUCACCGACAAGUUCUUAGUCCUGCUGGGUCGCAGAAUCAGCUCCCACCAUCGCCGUAUUUAUUACUUCAUUGUCACGGUGGUGGUUAUGUCGCAACUACCUCCAAAUCUCAUGAAACUUAUUUGCGAGUGUGGGCUAAAUUACUGAAUUGUUCUAUUGUAUCUGUCGAGUAUUCACUGGCACCAGAAAAUCCAUUUCCUCGUCCUACAGAAGAAGUAUUGUAUGCAUAUGCAUAUAUUAUCAAUAAUGCAGCACAACUCGGUUGGACGGGUGAAAAAAUAUGCAUGAUCGGCGACUCAGCGGGCGGUAAUUUGAUAAUGUCGGUGAGCUUGAAGCUUGUUCAACUUGAUGUGAAGAGGAUACCGGAUGGAAUUAUUACCGUUUAUUCACCAUUUCUUUUCCAGUACCUUCCAUCACCUUCACGGUUGCUAAGUUGUAUGGAUCCUCUUUUACACAUGGGAGUCGUGUUGCGGUGUAUUGCUGCUUAUACUGGAAAGCCGAUAAAUCACACAGCAAAUGGUGACAGAUCACAACAGAAAGAUAUUGACAAAGGUGGCCACAAAAGCUUACAAGAAUAUGUGAAACAAGUACAAAAAAUGCAGAGAAGCGAUGCAGUAGGUUUGGAGGGCUCUUCAUCGAUUGUCUCUUUGGUGAAUUUAGCUGAUGUCCCAUCCACAGCGGAAACACAAAAUAUGUCGGCAAUUUCAAAAGCUGAUGAACACGGAUUCAGCGAUGAUACCAAUAUUAGCGAGGAGGAUGAAGAUGGAGAUGAUACCUGUCUCUCUGGUAUCCAGAUAAAAUCAGAUCCGCUUCAUAUUCAUCUUUCGUUAAAUAUGUAUGAUCGACGGCUGGUAGACUAUUUAAAAAUUCACCCACUCACCAAGGACGCUUUGAUUUUCGUCGACCAUGCCGGUUGUAGAAAAUCUCGGGAAGAGAAAGAAGAAAUAAUGAAUAUGGAAGGAAAUAAACAAUUUUCUCGUGUUUCAAAGUUUGCGGCGUUGCUUUGUUCACCAUCGACAACAAUUCCGAAAGAGUUACCCCCGCAAACAGUUGCACCAGUCAAAAGUCCCACGCGAUCCAGAUUUAUGCUUACUUCAUUGAGUUCUCACAAGAUCGCAACCAAAAAUGAAUCGUUGGCACAUAAGCGAACUCUCAGUCAGAGUCUUGCCGGCGCAGCCGCCAUGGCUGCUGGACAUGCUUUAGAUAAUAUUUCUGAUUGGCUCGAAAAGUCAUCACCGAUACCCUUAUUGGAUAAGCCUAAACUUAAUCGAGCUGCUUCUUUGACUCCCAAUAUGGCGUCAGAGAUGGAAAAGAAGGAAACUAAAAAUAACUGCAAUAAAUCAUAUAUUGCUGAUAUAAUAGACAAAAAGGUCCCGAGAGAUCCACUCAUAUCUCCAAUAUAUGCGUCACCAGAGGAUCUCGCACGAUUGCCCCCAGCUUGGUUUGUGGCGUGCCAUCUGGAUCCACUUUUGGAUGAUACGAUCACAUUCGCUAAGAAAAUGCGAGGUGCUGGUGGCAGAGUAAUGGCUGUUGAUCUUCUCGAUAAUCUUCCACAUGGUUUUCUCAAUUUUACACUUGUAUCGCCUGAAUGUCGUGAAGGUGCCAAGAUUUGUUUGCAACGAGUUAAAGAAGCGUUUGGCAUAAUUAAGAUGUCUCCUGCAUCUUGGAAUUAG